AUGACUCACUGUUUUCCACACAGUAGCUCCACAGAACCAGGCCAAGAACACUCCUCCUGUGAGAUCACCAGUCCUUCUAUCAGGAAGAAGAAGCUGUUUCUCUUUAAAUCAGGUCGGUCUCAGAGACUGGACUGGAGCACAGGGGAGGCUUUGUUUUCCACCGCAGCACAAACUGGGAGAAAGGGAUUGUUUUGAAACCAUGGCAGACCAAACACAGGGAUUUUCCUUCUCCACCCAGCUGAUGCUGCGCCUUCGAAGUCCUUCCCCGGAAUACCAAAGAACCAGUUUGACCAUUCUGAACAGACAUGCAAAGUAGACACAAACGCACACAGACACACACACUCACAGGCAGUCGACGCCUCACCCAUGCUCACAUGUUAAAACAACACCCCACCCCUGCCGCUCUCUGCACCGCCAGCUGCUUCUGCUUAGGCCUGCGGUGACCAGGAGGAGGAGGAGGAGGCCGGCCGGAGUCAUGGAGAGGCAGCUGGAGCUCGGUGCCCUGGGUCUGGCCUUCACCGGGUGGCUUUGCGCCGUCCUGACACGCUGCCUGGCCCUGUGGAAAGUGAUUGGCACCGUGGGGAACGCCACCGCCACCCUGCCUGCCUACUGGGACGGGGUGUGGUUGGAAUGGGAUCACUGGGAUUUAAACCACGACGGGAGCCUCCACUGCUCCUUCUACCGCUCCCUCAUGUCACUUUCUGGAAGUUUCCGUACGUGGAGGGCCCUCAUCGUGGCGGCCAUCGGCGCUGGAGCUUUCGCCGUGGUGAUCGCCUCGGUGGGGGCCAUGUGGUUCCCCCACCGAGGUCAGAUCAAAGUGUUUUCUGGUGCUCUCUUUGUUUUGUCUGCGCUCCUGCUGCUGGUUCCCACAGCCUGGACGUGCCAUCACACCAGUCAGCCACUGGAGGGGGCUGAGCUGCUGAGGAGGGACUGGGGACCGGCGCUCUACCUCGGGUGGAUCUCCUUCGGUUUGAUGUUGGUCGGAGGGGUGUUUCUCACCACCAGAUGCCCGACGGUUGAGAGGCAGGGGCACGCGGCGGCGGACGAGGGCAGGGAGGAAGAGGCGGACCACCCUCUGAGCACCAUCAACAGGACUACGUUCACCCAGAGCCAGUACGACCGCAGAUCAGGAGCCGUCUGAGGUGGACUGGGCUCAAGUAUCUGAAACUGUGUGAGUGAUGGAAUCUUUCAGAUGUGGUGGUUUGAACAGUAGAGGUGGAAGUCUAGUUGCACAUGUUGAAGCACAAGCAUGGUGGUUUGAUUGACAGGGGGGAGGGUCAAACUGUGGACUUUACUUUUGUAUCUUGGUUUGUUGUGUGUUUUUUAUUUCUAGAACUGGGGUCUGCAACCUAUGGCUCCUGGGCCAAAUGUGGCUCUUUAGCAUAUUUGUUUGGUUCCCUGUGGUUUUGUCAAAAAAACAUAAGGAACAUGUUGAAAUUAACUGAAUGAAUGCAUAUUUUUUUAACAUUGCUGUAGGCCUAAAUCUGUUCUUACAUUGUCCAACGACAAAAAUAUGCAUACACUUUGGUUGAAAUAAUGACAAAAUCUGUGUUUUAAUCAAAUCAACUAAGGUGUAUAUCAAUGCUAUAUUUCUUUGAUGAGAUAUUUGGACUAGAAAUGAAAAAAAUACACUUGGGAAGAUUAAAAUUUUUUUCCAGUGUGCAUCUAUCGUAAUAACCUACACACUGAUUCCUGUGUAGAUGACUGUUUUUUUUUCUCUCUUUUCCUUUGCCUUUCUUCUGCUGCAGUGUACAACAUUAGCUAGCAUUGUGGCUAACAUUAGCCUGUUAGCUAACACUGUGGCUAACAUUAGCCUGUUAGCUAACACUGUGGCUGACAUUAGCCUGUUAGCUAGCAUUGUGGCUGACAUUAGCUUGUUAGCUAACACUGUGGCUGACAUUAGCCUGUUAGCUAACACUGUGGCUGACAUUAGCCUGUUAGCUAGCAUUGUGGCUGACAUUAGCUUGUUAGCUAACACUGUGGCUGACAUUAGCCUGUUAGCUAACACUGUGGCUGACAUUAGCCUGUUAGCUAGCAUUGUGGCUGACAUUAGCUUGUUAGCUAACACUGUGGCUGACAUUAGCCUAUUAGCUAACACUGUGGCUAACAUUAGCCUGUUAGCUAACACUGUGGCUGACAUUAGCCUGUUAGCUAGCAUUGUGGCUAACAUUGGCCUGUUAGCUAACACUGUGGCUAACAUUAGCCUGUUAGCUAACACUGUGGCUGACAUUAGCCUGUUAGCUAACACUGUGGCUAACAUUAGCCUGUUAGCUAACAUCAUCAAAUGACUGUCUUCCAGCACAAAACAGACUUCAGUACAAACUUAAUGGAGAGCCUGAAUGUAAACAGGUUUAUAUUGAGCCUUUAAAUAUGGAACAUUUAUUUAUAUGCAAAACUAUUAUAAAAACCAUUAAAAGUUCAAAUGGUGGAAAAUGAAUGACAAAAUAUGACAUUCCUGUUGGUUUGAUCCCAUUUUAUUCAGGUGAAUGGACACAAUUAUGCAAAACAAUUGCUGUAAGGCAUUUAAGUAAUAACAAUGACAUUCCUCUUAUACUUUGUCUUAUGUGUUAAAUGUGAAUUAUCCCCAACUUUACAAUCACCUACAAACGCAGGUGUGUGAGAGUGGCAAAAUGUUUACAUCGAAUAUAACUUAUUCUGCACAAAAAGAUGCUGAGAACUGCAGAUAAUUCAUAUUUGUUUAUAAAACCUAUUUAUUCAUUUAUAUCCUGUUGAAUUUUGCUGUUCCUUGGGUUUUCCUCAAGUUGCUCUUUUGGAUUUUCGCACUGAAAUGACAGAAAAUGUUUAAGUUUAAAGGUACAAUAUGUAAUAUUCAUGCCUGCUCAUGACGCUUGUGUUGUGCUGUGAAUUUUUUUGGUGACUGCAUUUCCAGCUAAUGUUGCUGAUGGAAAAAAAAAAAAAAAGCUGAGGUGAGGCGUUUAG